AUGGCGAAUCGGUGGUGGGCCGGUAAUGUGGCGAUGAACCCAAUGUCAUCGUCUUCAUCCCCAUCCUUUCACCUGAGGAACAACACAGAAGAUGACAAUGGUGGAUUUAACCGGCUGGCACCCAGAAGAGAGCAAGAAUUCAUGGACACCACCACCGCUAACACCGCCAUUAGCACUGCUACAAAUAGCAGUGGCAGCAACACCAAUCGAAACCCUAAUACCACCACCCAAAACCCAGAUGAAGAAGAAAGCCGAGAGAACGAGCACGAAACCGAAGAUCAGAACCCUGGUGGCCAUGAGAUCUCCGAGCCGGGUAGUUCUGGACGCCGACCCAGAGGACGACCACCGGGUUCAAAGAACAAGCCGAAGCGUCCAAUUGUCAUUACUAAAGAAAGUCCCAAUUGUCUCCGAAGCCACGUAUUGGAGAUAAGCAGCGACAGUGACAUUGUCGAGAGCAUAGCCACCUUCGCACAGCGGCGCCACCGCGGUGUCUCUGUCCUCAGUGGCAGCGGCAUAGUCACCAAUGUCACUCUCCGGCAACCGGCAGCACCGGGUGGUGUAAUCACACUUCAUGGAAGAUUCGAGAUAUUAUCCUUGUCGGGUGCAUUCUUGCCUGCGCCAUCGCCGCCUGGAGCCACCGGACUAACAGUGUACUUGGCGGGUGGUCAAGGGCAGGUGGUGGGCGGAACGGUGGUGGGUGCACUGAUGGCUUCGGGGCCUGUUAUGGUGAUUGCGGCCACAUUUACGAAUGCAACAUAUGAGCGUCUACCGCUGGAAGACGAGCCGGCCGGAGAGGGAAUACAAUUAACGCCGACGUCAGGAGUGAAUACAGGAACGUCUGGUAAUUCAUCAUCUCUGUCUCAUGGUAUGGCCGACCCUUCACCAUCUUUGCCUUUAUACAAUCUACCUCCAAAUUUGCUACCUAAUGGCCAAGUGCCUCAUGACAUGUUUUGGUCUCCUCCUCCGCGUCCCCCUCCCUCGUACUAA